AAAUCAAUUUUAUUUUGACAAAGAAAUUCUACAGUUCAAUUCCAUACUUGUCCAAACAUGAGCCUAUAAAUCCUAGUACGGGAGUUCUUCCUGCAUCGGAGAGUCCAUAAUCCAUACCCACCUCGUGGAAAACUAAACACUUUGCAUUUCUGUGAGUGAUAGAAAGAGUCAAGAAUGGCAACCAGAGUUGUUCGGAGCAACUGGAUAGUUCCGGAGGUUCUUAGAAAAGAUAACUAUGAAGAAUGGAGUGAUUGUGUGAGAGAUUACUUGAUGGCUGAGGAUCUUUGGGGCGUUGUUGGGGAACCCAUAAAACUCGAAGAUUUUGAAACGUUAGGGAAGAAAAAUGCAGCUGCCUUGCAUGCAAUUAAAAUCUCGUGCAGCCCAAGCAUACUGAAAACCUUGCAAGAUUCAGACCGUAGAAUGGCUAACAGUUUAUGGAAUGCAUUGAAAAAUAAGCUCCGAAACCCACCACAGCCUAGGGCUACGAAUUCAGGAACAAGUUGGCCUGAUGCAGGAGCAGAUGCUGAUCACACUCGAUUUGCAGGCCUAGUCAAGGCUAUAAACAAAGGUGACUUGGACGGUGUGAAAGAUUUCCUUAGCCUAAACCGAGAUGCGAAAAAAAACAUAAUUUCGUAUCCUGGAAUGAAAGCUAUUCAUCUUGCCGCUCUUGCUGGACAUGGGAAGAUUGUUGAGGAGUUGAUUAAAGGAAUGGCGAAAAAAGAUUUGGAAGAAAAGAACAGCAUUGAUAACACUGUCCUGUGUAUUGCUGCUCAGAAUGGCAUGACUGAGAUAGCAGAAAUAUUGAUGAAAAAUCAUUCGGACUUGAUAACGAUUCCAGGCUCUGAAAAUUUUCUUCCAGUUUCAAUUGCAUGUAAUCGAGGCCAUAAAGAAGCAACUCAUUACCUGUACUCUAAAACUGCAGAACACUUAAAAGAUUUUGGAGAUAAUGAAAUUGCAGAACAGUCGGAAGUUCUUUUGCCAGAGUGGGCUGGAGAUCAGAGGUUGGGAUCUGGCCCAGCUAUCACAAAAUUGCACCAUGAGUUGGGGGUUCUCUCGGAUAUCAAAAAAAAAGAGUUGGAAGUUCUUAAAGAUAAUAUGAUUAUUCUCCUCAAUGUUGCAAUUUCCAACAACAUGUUUGAUAUCGCGUUGGAUCUACUCAAGAAUAAUGAAGGAGCUGCUUUACGUACUAAAAGAAGUGCAUCGUCUAGACCAAGUGCUUUAACCAAUUUGUCUGGUAUGCCUUUUGCAUUCUUCAGUGGCACUCGGUUUUCAAUUUGGCAAAGAUUAAUUUAUCACUGUAUACGUGUACAACCGCCUGAUUCAUCUACGGCUCGUGAAUAUGAUCCUCAGAUGUACAAAGAACCAAGACAACCUAUGGCGGGAAUUAUGCGUUUCUUGGAAUUUAUUGGAAUCAAGCAAAUUUAUGAGAUGAAGUUGAUCCAUGUUCGAGCUCGGAAAGUUUUAGACUACAUAUUUAAAGAACCGACUCCUCCCUUAGAUGCGGAACAACGUGAAGAAAUAACCAAUUCACUGUUUAAAGCAGUAAAGAAUGGGAUCACAGAGGUGGUUGUUCAGAUAAUUCAAGCAUAUCCUGAUAUGCUGUGGAAGACGACUAAGAUAGACCAGAAAGACAUAUUUCAUUAUGCGAUUAGCAUGCGCCAAGAGAAAGUUUUUAGCCUUGUAUAUGGUCUUGAUGCAAGGAGGGUUCCACUUAUCACAAGAUAUGAUAAGCACCAUAAUAGUAUGUUGCAUAUGGCAGGGUGUCUGGCACCUCCCACCCGACUUGAUCAUAUAUCCGGUGAAGCUCUACAGAUGCAGAGAGAAUUACAAUGGUUUGAGGAGGUUGAGAGUAUUAUGACUCCUACGACUAAACAGAAGAAAAACUUGGAUGGCGAUACACCUAAGCAAGUGUUCACUAAGAACCACAAGGACCUGGUGACUAAGGGGGAGAAAUGGAUGAAGAAAUAUGCUUCUUCUUGUACAAUUGUAGGUACUCUUAUUAUUACCAUGAUGUUUGCUGCAGCAUUCAAUGUCCCAGGUGGUACAAAUAAAGAUACAGGCUUACCAUUUUUCCGACACAAAACAUCAUUCAUGGUUUAUAUAGUCUCUGAUGCAGUUGCUUUAUUCACUUCAUCGACUUCAGUGUUCACGUUUAUUGGCAUUCUCACAUCACGGUAUUCGGAAGAAAAUUUCCUGAAGUCUCUGCCUAGAAAACUUAUGUUUGGCCUGUUCACCCUUUUCUGCUCAGUUACAGCCAUGAUGAUCACCUUCUGUGCUGGUCUUAUUAUUAUGGUCGAAGGAGAAUUAUCGGUGAUUAUUCCCAUUAUUUCGCUUGCCGGUUUCACCGUGACAGUUUUUGUAUUUCUACAGUUUCCACUCCUGUUUGAGAUUUUGAAAAACACAUGUGGAUCAAUCUUCAAUCGAAAAACGAAGCCUUGGCUGUGUCAGUCAUGAUCAUCCCUGUUAAACUAAUGCACAUUCUAGAAAAGUCCAGAAUAGAAAGUUGCGAAGAAAAAUUCAGGCUUAUGCAUGUUGGUGGACAAAGCAAAAGAGAGGCUUGAGAGUUAUUCUAAGUCGAUUGAUAGGUGGAAGGAGCCUUUGUAAAUAAGGAGCUUGUUUUUUGAGCUAAGAAGUUCCACUUUUGUACUGUUGUAUAAAGCUUGUACUAUGUAUAUAUAUGUAUAUUUCACUGAUAAAUCUAUAUGUUUUGAGGAGUGAUCCUUGUAAACGGCAA